AUGAAGCUAUACAAGAACGGCGACAACCUCAUCAGCAAGACGUUCGGCUGCCCCGAGGCGCCGAGCGUCAUCUGGGAGCUGCACGUGUACCCGAACGGCAAGCGCGAGGAGGACGCGAGCAACGUCUCCUUCUUCCUGCGACAAGUCGGACUCUCGCGCAACGACAAGCCUCUGAUGACCGAAUUCCAAAUCUACGCGGUCGACAGCUUCAACCAGCGGGUCAGUGUCUGCCGCGACACCAAGGACUUCACGCAUCAACAAGGACGGGGCAAAUUCCAGGUGACCCGCGACAAGCUGAUCGCGGCCCUGCGACACGACGGCACGCUCGUGCUGUUCUGUGAGCUCGAGUAUCUACUGCCCGAGCAGGGCAUCGAGACGGAGGUCGAGGGCACCGUCGACGACCAAAAGAAGCAGGAGGAGUUCUUCAUCCGCGAGGCCAACUACGAGAUGUGGACGAACAAGCGAUUCACGGAUUGUUGCAUCAAGGUCGGUCACACGGAAAUCGACUGCCAUCGCUGCAUCCUGGCGCAACAAUCUGAAGUGUUCCGAUCGAUGUUCCAGGAGGAAUUCCGCGAGGCCCGCGAAGGUGUCAUCGAGAUCCUCGACUGCAAGCCGGGCGUGGUCAAGAAGCUGCUCGAGUUCAUGUACACCGGCUCGUUCGGCGCCUCGCUGUUCGACGCGACGUGCACCGUCGAGGAGCUGCUCGCCAUCGCCGACAAGUACGCCGUGCUGCGGCUGAAGGAACAGUGCGAGUUCAUGCUCUCGAAGGAGUUGAACGUGAAGAACUUCUCCCAGCUGGCGAGCUUCGCCGAUCUCUACUCGGCCGAGCUGUUGAAGAGGGCCUGCACGCGGUUCCUCGUCGGCCACCACAAGACGGUGAUGCGCAGCCCGGAUUGGAGGGAGCUGAAGAAGACCAACCCCGGCCUCGCCAACGAGCUGCUCGAAUCGGCGCUCAACGUCGGCGAGCCGUUGGGGAACAGCAUGGACGAGCUGGACGACAGCAACGACGAGAUCGAGCCGCCGCCCAGGAAGCGUCUGCGAAGAUUUGGCAACAACGCACCGGGGCAAGGCGACUCGUCCGCCUCGCAA